AUGGUGUAUUUUUAUAAAAGCGAGAGCGAUACUGGACGCUCCUACACAGUUGUUCUCGGCAAAGACAAAUUCGAAAACGACAUGCUGAUAAAACAUGGAUACAAAGAGCUCAACUACGUGUGGUUCCACGCUGAUAAGUAUUCAAGUGGCCACGUCUACUUGAAACUAAAAGACGACGAAAAAGACCUGGCAGACGUUCCUCGAGACGUCGUUUCUGACUGUCUACAGCUUUGUAAAGCAAACUCGAUCCAGGGCAACAAGCUGUCACAAUGCACUAUGUUGGUCACGCCGUGGAUCAAUUUGCGCAAAAACGGAGACAUGAAACCGGGAGAAGUGGCUUUCAAGUCCAUGCGGAAAAUUCAAAAGUUUCAGUGCUAUGCUCGCGACAACAAAGUUCUUAAUAGACUGGAAAAAACCCGCGUGGAGGUCGCAGAAAAUGUGGAACUCUUUCUGCAUGGGGCCAGGAAAACUAAAGAUCCGGACUUUUUCGACAUCUAUCUCGCAAACAAUACAGAGCUCCUUUUGGCUCAAGAACAAGAACGGAAAGCGGCAAAAAAAGCUAAAAAAAAGGCUUGA